CCCUGUUACAUUGUAUCUUACCUUGAAGUGGAGGGGGGCAGAGGGCAUGAGUGGUGGCGGCGAUCUGGAGAGGGAUCUCUUGUGAUCUGCAAAGACAGACACCAGCCCGGGGAAGAUCUCGCAGAAAGCAUUCCUGCAGCCAUGUCUGUCAGCGUCCAUGAGAACCGUAAGUCCCGGACUAGUACCAGUUCCAUGAACAUCUUGCUGUUCCACAAAGCUUCCCAUCCCGACUGCGUCCUGUCUCACCUCAACACCAUGCGAAAGCACUGCAUGUUCACAGACGUCACCCUCUGGGCCGGGAAUAAGUCCUUCUCGUGCCACCGAGCUGUCCUAGCGGCCUCCAGCAGAUAUUUUGAAGCCAUGUUCAGCAAUGGUCUCCGCGAGAGCUUGGGCGACGAGGUGAAUUUCCAUGAUAGCCUCCAUCCGGAGGUGUUGGAGCUGCUGCUGGACUAUGCGUACUCUUCCAAGAUCAUCAUCAACGAAGAGAAUGCAGAGUCCCUCCUAGAAGCGGGUGACAUGCUCCAGUUCCAUGAUGUCCGGGACGCGGCCGCUGAGUUUCUGGAGAAGAAUCUGCACCCUUCCAAUUGUUUGGGCAUGAUGGUGCUUUCAGACGCUCACCAGUGCAAGAGGCUCUAUGAACUUUCUUGGAGGAUGUGCCUGGUCAACUUUGAGAUGGUCCAUGGGAGCGAAGACUUCAACCACCUCUCCAAGGACACGCUUCUGGACUUGAUCUCCAGUGAUGAGCUAGAGAUUGAGAAUGAGGAGAAGGUCUUCAAGGCAGUCCUCCAGUGGGUGAAAUAUGACUUGGACAAGCGGAGAGCUUUCCUCCCGGAGCUCUUGAAGAACUUGCGUCUGGCCUUGCUGCCUUCUGCAUGCCUCAAGGAAGCCAUGAGCUAUGAGGAGCUCAUUGUGGCUGAAGAACAGAACAAGCAAAUCAUGAAUGAGGCCCUUCAGUGGAAAAAGAAGAUCUUGCAGAACGAUGGGGUGGUCACGAGUCCUUAUGCCAGGCCACGCAAAGCGGGACACACGUUGCUCAUCUUGGGUGGACAGACAUUCAUGUGUGAUAAGGUGUACCAGGUGGACCACAAGGCGAAAGAGAUCAUCCCCAAAGCAGACCUACCGAGCCCCAGGAAGGAAUUCAGUGCUUGUGCCAUUGGCUGCAAAGUCUACAUCACAGGAGGGAGAGGCUCAGAAAAUGGGGUGUCCAAGGACGUCUGGGUCUAUGACAUGGUGAAUGAAGAGUGGUCCAAAGCUUCCCCGAUGCUUAUCGCUCGCUUCGGACAUGGUUCAGCUGAAUUGGAGAACUGUCUGUACGUAGUUGGGGGACACACGGCCGUGGCCGGCGUCUUUCCCGCCUCGCCUUCUGUUUCUCUGAAGCAGGUGGAGAAGUAUGACCCCGUUGCCAACAAGUGGACGAUGGUAGCCCGUCUGCAGGAUGGCGUCAGCAACGCGGCGGUCGUAAGUGCGAGGCUGAAGCUCUAUGUCUUUGGCGGGACGAGCAUCCACCGAGACAAGGUGUCCAAAGUCCAGUGCUACGAUCCAGUGGAGGACCAGUGGACGAUCAAAGCGCAGUGCCCCCAGCCCUGGCGCUAUACCGCAGCUGCCGUCCUCGGCAGCCAGAUCUUUAUCAUGGGCGGGGACACGGAAUAUACGGCGGCAUCCGCCUACCGUUUUGAUUGCGAAACGGACCAGUGGACGCGGGUCGGGGACAUGACAGCCAAGCGGAUGUCGUGCCACGCUCUGGCGUCGGGGAACAAGCUUUAUGUGGUGGGGGGCUACUUUGGGACGCAGAGGUGCAAAACGCUGGAUUGUUACGACCCGACCACAGAUACGUGGAACUGCAUCACCACUGUGCCUUACUCCCUCAUCCCCACAGCUUUCGUUAGCACAUGGAAACACUUGCCAGCCUGACACAAUCUGCAUGUCGAGAACUCGGGAGCAGCAGGAGAUGCUGAUGGUCGGGAUGGACGCCAGAGCCUGCACAAGUGACCAGAAGCGUCUCUCCUGUCCCCGCCAGCUCCAUCCCUCCUCUGGCACUAGCAAUGGAAUCAGGCUGACCUGUACUAACCUGUACUAAUAAGGAAGGGGAGGAUGCUGAGUGACCCCGUGGGUCUACCUGGAAGGAGGAUAAAGUGGACAGCAAAGGGGUGUACGACUGCAGAGGCAGUUCUGGCAGCCCCAGGCGGGUACCAUAUUGGCACCUUUUGCACUGGAAAGAGCCCCAAGGAACCAAGACACUUUAACAUCUUUUCAUUAAAGCACAGACCUUCUGUGAUUCCGGGACUCUUCACAGUGGGAAGCACACAGCCGCUUUUCCGAAGGGCUAGAAUUACAUGUGAUCGUUUAAAGGCAACUUUGGGCGGUGGGGGGGGUGGGGGUGCGGUGUAUUGUGAUUUUCCCGGGCAUCUGACAACUUUAAUAAAACUCUCCAGGAAGCCGCCUGCUGGGAAUGAGCGUUUUCUUUUUGAAGUGCACCUGACAGAAGGAUAAUCACAGGCCUGCUAAGGGAUAAUUGCCAGACGCUGUGCUCGUUGACUGAUCCCUACGCAGUCUGCAAAAUUGCAAGAUGUUGCUACAAUCGCUGAAGCCCUGGAAUGCUCUCGGAAAUGAUGCCGCGAUUCAGUGAGGGAAACGCAAGCUAGGGCGAAAGACGGAGACAUCCUCAAGCAUGGCUGAAGAAUUCAGGAGGCUUACGAUGAGCAGCCUUGGGUCACCCUACGUGAUUGCCCUCCUGAAUCUGUGUUUUGCUCUUGCGGGAAAUAGUGCCCUAGCACUCCAAAUUAGGGUCUGUUUGCACAGUCAUUAUUUCUGCUUAUAAACCUAGGAAGCGGCCUUCUGCUGAGUCAGGCCUUUGGUGCAUCUAGCUCAGCGUUGUCUACACUGGCUGGCAGCAGCUCUCCAAGGUUUCGGCAAGAGUCUUUCCCAGCCCUACCUGGGGAUGCUGCCAGGGAUUGAACCUGGGACCCUCUGUAUGCAAAGCAGAAUGAACUGUGGCUCUCAUUGCUUACGGGGACUAGCUUAACAGCAGACUGUGCUCGCAGGUGGUCCUCCAUCCAAAAGCAAACCAGGGCAGGUCUUGCUUAGCAAAGGGGGCCACUCAUGCUCCCCACCACAGGACCCGCUCUCCUCCCUUGAGCUCAGCAUUCGCUACACCGACCGGCAGUGGCUUCUCCCAGGUUCCAGCCUGGAGCCUUUCCCAGGCCUAGAGGAGUUCCCAGGGACUGAACCGGGGACCGAAGCAGACGCUUUGCCACUGAGCAAUGGCUCCAUCUCCUUACAUUGCUGUGAUUGGUUACAUGAGUUGAUCUCUGCAGGGUUUGUGUUUAAAUGUGCACCCUUUCCAAAAGGGAAAAGCCAGAGUGCACCAAAUUGUUUUGGAAAGAGUGAGCCUUCUUAAGACAACCUGCAAAUAGGGCCACCUGGUGGAGAACAGCCGCCAUAGCAUGAAACGUCCCCCUGACAAAGACGGGGAAAACAGAAUUUCUCCUUUGAAAACACAAAGGAGCCUGGAAUAAAGUCCCCACUUAGGCAGACUCCUCGACUGAAUCAGAACGAAAACCCACGAACGAAAGUCUCCAGCAUUCUGUUUCUUGCACUGGCCAGACACAUGCCUCUGGAAAACCCACAAGGGGGCAUGAAGACAAGUUUUCUCCUGCCACAGCCCCCGCCUCCCCCCAGCAACUAGUCUUCAAUGGCAUACUGCCUCUGACCAUGGAGGUCCUAUUCCACUAUCAGGGCUAAUAGCUCUUGGUUGACCUACCCACUAUGAAUCUGUCAAAUCCUCUUUUCAAGCCACCUUGUGGUGGUGAGUUCCACAGGGUAGAUUUCGACAGACAUCCAUAGGGCAAUGGGAGGGGGAAAAAAUGACUGCAGCAGGAUCUUCUGCAGGCAGAGCAGGUGCUCUAACAAUAAUCUACAUCUCCAUCCCAGCAUAGAAAGCUGCUAUCUCUAGUUAAAACACAGAAAUAAAAACCUUACAACAGUUUAAAACCACAAUUAAAUUAAAAAGCUUGGGUGAGAAGGUAAGUCUUUAACGCAGGAUUUCUGGUGGCAGAAAAGAAAAUGUAACAAGAAAAAAACUCAAUCUGAUUAGACCUCGGAAAGGACUUUACAAUCAUGGAAAUGAAGUACCUUUGCAAUGAUAUGAACACUAAAAAAUUUGGUUUUCCUCAGCAUAGAAUUUGCAAGAAGGAGAAAAAAAAGAAAAACCAGGCCCCUAAAUUGGGAAGGGGAUGGAGGAGAGACAAUAAUGGAUAGCUUUUGGUGAAUACAAAAAAAUAGAGGCUUUUUCUUUCCUUUUCGUAUUUAGGCUAGUAUUGGUCCGAAAUACGAUUCACAGGCAAUUAACAGAGACUGCCAGUGCUGGUCUGUUGCUAAGGGAUUGCACAGGAGGUGAGGAGGGUAUAAAAGGACUUUAGCGAUUGCUGAAUAAUAAGGCGCAGUUGGAGGGAGGGUUUGGUCAAUGCUUUGGCGGGGAAAAGCUAUUACAUGCUAAAACCUGAUCCCAAAGUUGUGCUCAGAGCUGACAAAGGAGCACAAAAGGGCCUUUUCUGUGUGCUAAGUUGUCUCUUGUUGGGGUCAGACGGUUCCCCUUUCUCAUGCCCCAGCGCUGUCUUUCAGCCACUCUUUCCUACACUGGGUUACCUUGGAUGAAAUAUCUGGCAAUGUUCCGAGAAAGCCUGGAGUCUGAACAUUCACCCAACCGAAUUAGUCUGAAACCAUACACAAUUUUUUU